AUGGACGAGGAUCCCGAACCGAGCGACGUUAAGGAAUCGUUGACAUCCGCCGGCCAGCGGAAUGGCCCGUUCCCGGAGGGCACCAAUAUCGAAGACAUUGGCCUGAAGUGGAUAACGCUGAACGGGAGCGGCGAGCUCGGUGCUGACUUGAAGCAACACCUGGAGCGGACCGAGCUGGUGGGCAACAUGUCGAACGGAACGUCCGACUCGGUCGAAGGCAUGGAGCAGGAAAUCAACAGCUUUUACUUCUAUGAGACUGAACAGUUUGCAGUAUUAUGGAUACUAUUCGUAGUGAUCGUGCUCGGCAACACGGCCGUGCUGGUGACGCUGUUUCUCAACAAAAACCGCAAAUCUCGAAUGAACUUUUUCAUCAAACAGCUCGCCAUUGCAGAUCUCAGCGUGGGCCUGUUGAGCGUUCUGACGGACAUCGUGCAGCGGAUAACGAUCUCGUGGCUGGCCGGCAACAUCGCCUGCAAGCUGAUACGCUUCAUCCAGGUGUGGGUUACGUACGCUUCGACGUACGUGCUGGUGGCCCUCAGCAUCGACCGGUACGACGCCAUCACGCACCCGAUGAACUUUUCCGGCUGCUGGAAGCGUGCCCGGAGGCUCGUAGCCGCUGCCUGGGGCUUCAGUGCCGUUUUCUCAUCACCGAUGUUCUACCUGUACGAAGAGCGCGUCAUACAGGACCAGCUGCAGUGCUGGAUAGACCUGGGCAAUGCAUUCCGGUGGCAGGUGUACAUGUGCUGGGUGGCCGCCUCGCUGUUCGUCAUUCCGGCGUUCAUCAUCUCGGCCUGCUACGUCAUUAUCAUUCGCACCAUCUGGAGCAAGGGCUCGAUGCUCGGACCGACGGCACCAACGGCGGCCGCUGGUGCUGCUGCUGCCGGUGGCAUCCACGGGCCCCGCGGUGGCCCACCGAUGGCUGGCAGCGGUGUCAAUGGCAAUAAACAUCGAACCAUCCGGAACGGUGGCUGCGCGGAGCUGGCGAGCCGUCGGGCCAGCUCGCGCGGCAUCAUUCCCCGGGCCAAGGUGAAAACGGUCAAGAUGACGAUCGUGAUCGUGAUCGUGUUCGUGCUCUGCUGGUCACCGUACAUCGUGUUCGAUCUGCUGCAGGUAUUCGAGCAGAUUCCCAAGACACAAACCAACAUCGCGAUCGCCACCUUCAUCCAGAGCCUGGCGCCGCUCAACUCGGCCGCCAAUCCGCUCAUCUACUGUCUUUUCUCGACGCACUUCGUUCGGACGCUAAAACGAUUGCCACCGUUCCGUUGGCUGCUGUCAUCGGCGAUCUGCUGUGCCAGCGAGGAUGACCGCUCGAACCGGAACCGCUGCGGGACGAUAUCGAACGGCACGCGCAACCUGCGGAACCAAAACAGUAGCAGCUCGAUGCGCACCCUUACCACCUCGCUGACCAUCUCGACACGGCGGCCAACCGCAACGGUCACGACGCGAAGCAGCGGCGUGAGGAUUAAUGGUGCCAACAGCAACAACAACCUGGCCGGCGCUGCUGGCCAGGCUGGACGCCCCCUGCUCGUGUAG